AUGGUCGGCAUUUCCAAGCUCGCGGUAGCUCUUCUUGCCGCGUCCGCCACCGCCCAUCCCGGCGAAUCCCACGAUGCGCACCAGAUGAAGCGUGAGAUCGUUGCUCGGGAUCACGCUGCCAGAGUGGCCGCACGAUUGCUCGGCUCUUGCGCCAACACCGAAGCUGCCCGUGCUCUGAAGCAACGGUCCAUCCAGCGCCGCGCGGAGGUCGUCAAGACGCUCCGGGAGAAGAAGAGCAUCAAGACUCCUCCCAAGAAGUAUCGACGCGACCUCGAAGCCCUCGAGGUCUGGGAAGAGAUCAACCACAACAUGACGGGCGUGUCUGCCAACAAUAUGUUCACCGCACUCGAGACCGUCUUCGACGCCAACACUUCCUGCAUCCUCGCUCCGGAGGUCACGGACGGACCGUACUACAUCGUGGGCGAGUACCUCCGCAGCAACGUCAAGGAAGCGCAGUACUCGGACGGCGUCGACCUGUUCCUCGAGGUGCAGUACGUCGACGUCAACACGUGCGAGCCGGUGCCGACGGUGGCGGUGGACCUCUGGAACUGCAACGCCACUGGCGUCUACUCGGGCAUCAGCACGUCGGGCAACUACGCGGCCGACGGCUACAACUCGACGUACCUGCGCGGCAUCCAGCUGACCGACCACGACGGCGUCGCCCAGUUCGAGACCAUCUUCCCGGGCCACUACGACGGCCGCGCCACCCACACCCACCUGCUGGCCCAUACCAACGCCACCGUCAUGCCCAACGGCACCAUCUCCGUGUGGCACGCCCCCGUGGCCCACAUCGGCCAGCUGUUCUGGCCCGAGGCCCUGCGCUCGGCCGUCGAGGCCGUCUACCCGUACAACACCAACGCGCAGUCCGUCACCAGCAACGCCGACGACAUGUGGAGCAUCGUGCAGGCCGACGCCAACUACGAUCCCUUCCCACACUUUGUGUACCUCGGCGAGGAUAUCACCGAUGGUCUCUUUGCCUGGAUCCAAAUUGGUAUCAACGCGAGCGCGGAUUACUCGGCCGACGACUACUACAGCGUGGCGGCGUACAUUGAUGCCGAUGGCGGCCAUGCCAUGAGUGGGGGGAUGGGUAGUGGUGGUGGUGGUAUGGGUGGUGGCCCUGGCGGCGGCAAUGGUACUACGAACGGCACUGCGCCUUCGGGUGACAUGCCCACCGGCGGCGUGCCGCCUUCUCCUGUGCCCUCGGCUUGA